AUGGUGGAGCUCAGCACCAAAAUCGCCAGGACGCUCAACAAGACCACGCCGGGCCUUCAGAUAUGGCGGAUCGAGAACAUGGAGAUGGUGCCGGUGCCCACCAAAAGCUACGGCAACUUCUACGAGGGGGAUUGCUACGUCCUGCUGUCGACGCGCAAGACUGGGAACACCUUCAGCUACAACAUCCACUACUGGCUGGGGAAGGAGACUGGCCAGGUCGACUAUAAGAAGGGUGGUGUGGCCUCGGGCAUGAAGCACGUGGAGACAAACACCUACAACGUCCAGCGCCUCCUACACGUGAAGGGCAAGAGGAACGUGGUGGCAGGAGAGGUGGAGAUGAGCUGGAAAAGCUUCAACCGGGGGGAUGUGUUCCUGCUGGACCUGGGCCAGCUCAUCAUCCAGUGGAACGGCCCUGAGAGCAACCGAAACGAGAGGCUGAAGGCGAUGACCCUGGCCAAGGACAUCCGGGACCGGGAGCGUGGGGGCCGUGCCAAGGUGGGUGUAGUGGAUGGUGAGAAUGAAGAUGCCUCGCCGGGGCUCAUGAAGGUCCUCAUGCACGUGCUGGGUGAGAAGAGGGACAUCAAGGCAGCCAUCCCUGACGACAAAGUGGACCAGAAGCUCAAGUCCUCUCUCAAGCUCUACCAUAUCUCCAAUGCCAGCGGAAACCUGGUCAUACAGGAGGUGGCGAUUCGACCCCUGACUCAAGACAUGCUCCUGCAUGAGGACUGCUACAUCCUUGAUCAAGGAGGUCUCAAGAUCUUUGUGUGGAAGGGCAAGAAUGCCAACAAGGAGGAGAAGCAGCAGGCGAUGAGCAGGGCACUGGGCUUCAUCAAAGCCAAGAACUACCCAGCCAGCACCAGCGUGGAGACAGAGAAUGAUGGGUCUGAGUCGACCAUCUUCAGGCAGCUCUUCCAAAAAUGGACUGUCCCCAACCAGACCAGUGGGUUAGGCAAGACCCACACUGUGGGCAAAGUGGCCAAGGUGGAACAGGUGAAGUUUGAUGCCACCACGCUGCACGCCAAGCCCCAGAUGGCUGCCCAGCAGAAGAUGGUGGAUGACGGAUCCGGGGAGGUGGAGGUCUGGCGUGUGGAGAACCAGGAGCUGGUGCCUGUGGAGAAGAAGUGGCUGGGCCAUUUCUACGGUGGGGACUGCUACCUGGUGCUCUACACCUAUACCGUGGGGCCCAAGGUGAACCGCAUCAUCUACAUCUGGCAGGGCCGCCAAGCCAGCGCAGAUGAGCUGGCCGCCUCUGCCUACCAAGCGGUCAUCCUGGACCAGAAGUACAACAACGAGCCCGUGCAGGUCCGCGUCACCAUGGGCAAGGAGCCAGCCCACCUGAUGGCCAUCUUCAAGGGCAAGAUGGUGGUAUACGCAGGUGGCACCUCACGGGCGGGCAACAAGGAGCCCACACCCUCCACCCGCCUCUUCCAUGUCCACGGCACAAAUGAGUACAACACCAAGGCCUUUGAGGUGCCUGUCCGUGCUUCCUCCCUCAACUCCAACGAUGUCUUCGUGCUCAAGACCCCCAGCUGCUGCUACCUCUGGUAUGGGAAGGGCUGCAGUGGGGAUGAGCGUGAGAUGGGCAAGACGGUGGCCGACAUCAUCUCCAAGACAGAGAAGCCAGUGAUCGCAGAGGGACAGGAGCCACCUGAGUUCUGGGUGGCCUUGGGGGGCAAGUCCCAGUAUGCCAACAGCAAGAGGCUGCAGGAGGAAAACCCCUCCGUGUCCCCCCGUCUCUUUGAGUGCUCCAACAAGACAGGCAUUUUCUUGGCCACGGAGAUCGUGGACUUCACCCAGGACGACCUGGAGGAGAACGAUGUUUACCUGCUGGACACCUGGGACCAGGUUUUCUUCUGGAUCGGGAAAGGUGCCAAUGAGUCGGAGAAGGAGGCGGCAGCGGUGAUGGUGCAGGAGUACCUGCGGAGCCACCCCAGUGGGCGCGACCUUGACACCCCCAUCAUCGUGGUGAAGCAGGGCUAUGAGCCCCCCACCUUCACCGGCUGGUUCCUGGCCUGGGACCCUCUCAGCUGGGAGGACAAGAAAUCCUACGAGGCGCUGAAAGCUGAGCUGGGGGAUGAUGUGACCCUGUCCUCCCUCAUCCAGGUGCUCGUGUCCAGGGAAGAGGUCUUCACCACCACCACCACCCUCCUCCCUGACAAACUGGAGAUCUUCCCCUUGGACGUGUUGGUGAACACCUCGGCUGAGGACCUGCCACGGGGCGUAGACCCCAGCAGGAAGGAGUACCACCUCUCCGACCAGGACUUCCAGGCUACCUUCGGCAUGCACCGCUCUGCCUUCGGCAUGUGGAAACAACAGAAACUCAAGAAGGAGAAAGGACUCUUCUAG